AAUAAGUAGGUCUAUUCUUCCGGUAUUUUUUAUUCGGGUCCACGUCUCAUCAUACUGUAGAAGGAUUUAAAAUAUGUACUCUUAAAACAUUUCAAACAGCAGACACAGCUAUGAAUGGAAAACACACUGCUGGUUUGGGUGGUAGUGUUGCCCUGGGAACUAUUCAUCCAUUUGGACCUCACAACAGCAGUAGAAAUUCAUUUUUGAAAAUGGUUGCCAAGGAAAUGGAUUUUCUUAUGGCAGAGCCCAAGGCAAGGAGGAUCAUUGCCUAUGCAGCAGUUAAUAUUGUUUGUGUUUUCAUUUUACUUCUUUGGUGUCACUCAACAAACAGCAUGGCACUGACAGCUUACUCAUAUCUGGCAAUAUUUGAUUUGCUGAGGUUGCUGACCGCACUGAUAACCCUUUGGGUUCAGAAACAGGGUCCAUCUUCUGUUUUUUCCUUUGGAUAUGAGCGUUUUGAGGUGUUAGCUGUGUUCUCAAGUACAAUGUUGGCACAACUAGGGUCCUUCUUUAUCAUUAAAGAAAGUGUGGAAAGAAUGAUACAGCAACCAGAUGUUCAUGAAGGCAGGCUAUUACUAGGAGCCUUGGUAGCUUUCUUGGUUCACAUCUUCAUGACAUACAGUGUUGAAAACAAGGCAUUCAACCAUGUUGUGGAGGCUUCCAGUUCUAGUUGGCUUCAGGAACAUGUAGCUGACAUCAGUGAAGGAUUCUGUAAGGUGGUCCCUGGACUAAGCAGGCUGUUGCUACCUAGAAUCAACCCCUUCGCUCUGAUAGCAUUUGCUGGGGCCACAGCUCUCUUUGUCACCUAUGUUCUCAUAGACAUGUAUAAUUACCAAGCUGCAGACACCUGGGCAGCUAUGUGUAUCUCAGUGAUGACGUUUGGCACCAUGUUUCCCAUGGCAGUUUACAGUGGGAUGAUCCUUUUACAGACCACCCCCACCUAUGUGAUUGGUCAGCUGGACAAAUGCCUGAGAGAGGCCUCCACUCUUGAUGGGGUUUUAGAGUUCAGAAAUGAACAUUUUUGGACUUUGUCAUUUGGAAAACUGAAAUAUCCGUAUGGAAAUUUUAGUGAUGGCAUUGUAUUAUUUGUAGACGGCAUCUGUGUUUUCAGUUACAGUCAGGUUGUCUACUAA